AUGGACUGUACACUAGAGGACGAAGAUACCAUACCGAACCAAGGCGAACGGACGCCUAGGUCCCGGCGACUCGGGGGUUCNGACCCUGCCCCUGGGCCGUCGUCAUCAAACGAAGGGUUGGUUGCGCCGUGUACGGCAGGCGACGCAACCACCGAUGCUACUGCUGAAAAGGANGGGGCCACGGCUAGCAACGCGGAAGAGACCAUCGUCAUUCCGGAUGAGGACGAGGAUUCAGCGAUGGAAGAGCGGAGCGGAGAGAGAGAGAGAGAGAGAACAACGAAAUUGUGGAGGAAGCCACAAGUAUUUUCGGAUGAUGAUUCUUCGGAUAUGGAGAUACAGGACUCUUCGGCCAGUUGGGCUAGUACAAGCGCAGCGCAAAGNUUGGGCCUGGUCAGUAAGGCCGCAAAACCUUUCCUAAAAGAAAGCGGGGAAAUNAGUUUUGCCAUACCCGAUAGUGACAGACGGAGGAAAAUGAANAUCCCAAAAACAAGCAAACGGCCGGCAAGCGGACGGGACCCGGUGGGCGGAUCCUCAAAGGACAGCGAUGAAGGAGAGGAGAGACCCAUCAGCCCGUUUCGUAGUUACGCGGAUGCACCUCCACAAAAUAUAUAUGCCUCUAUGAAGAAACAACUGAAGGAAAUUGCUANGUGCGAAAGAAUUAGUAAGAGGCUGAAAGGUACGACACGAAAGUACAUAAGGACGGCGUUGGAGAAGUUAGAGGCACAAUCCGACGCGCUCGUGCAGCAGGCCCUGGAUGUGGGGGACGAAACGCAAGUUCGACGACGACUGGAGGCUGCGAGCACGGAAUGUGAAGCAAUAUCGCUAAAUGCAGAAUNUCGCAAUAUGAAGGCACAGAUCGAAGAAAUUCGAGCUAGUAAAGACCGUGAAAUGCAACAGUUAAAGGAGAGAAUAAGAACGUUAGAGCAAGAAAANGCGAAUCUCAACGUGGAAAUAAUACGAAAAAAUUUUGAGGGUAUGACCAAAACACCGAAUAAAAGCAUCACGGAGAAUAAAACAACGAGGACGUCUGAGAGCGAUAAAGAUAAAGUAACGGAGUCGAAUNCUCCCAAAAAAGGGCCGGUAAUUACAUCGGUCGAGGUUGUAAAAACAGGAUUUAAAACUCCUGCACCACUACCACAACGAGAGAAGCGAACAAGAGAGCCGAGGAUAACAUUGGCAAAGAAACAGAUACCGUCAACAAGCAAGGAGAACCCUACACCAAAUCCCAGUUUGGAGACCCGUGUAGAGGAAAUGGCGCGAGUACUGCAGGGACUGCAAGAGUGUGUCGCACAAUUGAUGGGCGAGCUCCGUGCAAAAGCAAAGGGCACGACAACNCCAGCAAAAAGAGAGAAAGAGAGAGAGAGAGAAGAAGAGCGAGAGGAAAGCGAUACGACCACGUGGACAACAGUGGUAAAACAAGGACGGCGAACAGUCAACGGUGGAACACAAGGAGCGAUAGAGAAGAGGAACGAGAACGCAUACGUACGCAAGGGCGGGUUCCGUUUGACCACAAAAGCCGAUCUUUUGGCUGACGCCUUAACUGGCGCUCUUGAAGGAGCAGCAGUGGUCACCCGUCCGGUAAGGAAAAGAGAGCUACGCGUAACGGGAUUGGAUGAUUCGGUGGAACCCAGUGAUGUGGUAAGGGCAAUCCUUGGUGGAGACUAUGGCGCGCGUCGUGAAGCAGAUGUCAUUGCUGGCCCCAUACAAGUGGGGCGAAACGGCCUGGGCACGUUAUGGCUACGAUGUCCGGUAGAAACGGCGGAGAAAGUGGCAGAAGGAGAUAGAUUGCGCGUGGGAUGGUCCUCGGCCAAGGUCACGCUUUUACCGCCGCGACAACUCCAGUGCUAUCGAUGCCUAGAGUAUGGCCAUAUUAAGCAGAUGUGCCGCAACGUAGAGGAUAGAAGUGCGGCCUGCUAUAGGUGCGGACAAAAUGGCCAUAAGGACCUGCUCCAACAGGUCAUGCGGGAAAGAGGAGCGGGACUUGCGGCGGUGUCCGAACCUCGCAGGCCCCCUACCACCUCAAAUUGGGCAGUGGAUCAGGAUGGAGUAGCGGCGCUGACAUGGUUACCGCAGGGAAGCCGCUCGGUGACCGGUAUGCAUGCAAGAGGACCGGGCUUUGUGGCGGUCAAGUGGGGGGAAAUAGUAGUGUAUAGUUGCUACUAUUCCCCCAACCAAGACAGAGAGGAAUUCGAGGACCGCUUGGAUCUCCUGGCUGAUAGCGUGCGAGGAGUGAGGGGCAAGCCCACACUGGGAGCUUCCAGGAUCGAUCUGUUGUGGGCGUCCAGUGCUGCGGCUCCAUUGGUGGAACGAUGGAGGGUUCUAGUUAACGUGGAGUCGCUGUCGGACCAUCGAUAUGUAGCACUGACGGUAAAGCAAAUAACAGGAAGAGAUGGUCAAAUAAAGAUGGAACGGUCCCCUAGGUGGAAGCUGGAAAAGUGGGACAAAGAUCGGUUCAAGGCAGCAAUCUUGGGAGCAACCUGGAACGAAUCGGAGCAUGAGGGUUGGUCGGCAGAAGAAGAAACGACGUGGAUGGUGGAGGUCGUGAGAAACGCAAGCGAUGCGUCAAUGCCGAGGGUACGUGGCGCCUUUACUCUUCGCAAGCAGGCCUAUUGGUGGUCAGAAAAAGUAGCCGCGUUAAGAAAAGAGUGCGUUGGACAUCGAAGACGAUACACAAGGGUACGAAAGCGUUAUGGUCAAAGAGCGCCCGGUAUAGUCGAGGAGGUCAGAGUUGGAUUUCGGGAAGCGCAACGGGCCCUCCGCAAGGCCAUAGUUGAGGCGAAAAAAGAAGCGUGGAUGUCUCUGACACAAACAAUAGAUAAGGACCCUUGGGGCACCCCAUACCGGAUGGUGUUAUCCCGGCUGAGAACCGCGGGACCCCCUAUAACAGCGACGGUGGAGGUCAAAGAUGCCCGGAAAAUCGUACAGGCCCUGUUCCCCACGCGGACAGACGGGGAAUACACGGGAGAGCAAGAACGGAUCCCCUGGAAUCCAACGUACGACGUCAGCGAGGAAGAAUUGGAGGAAGCGGUACGAAAGAUCACGGGUAAGAAAACGGCACCUGGACCGGAUGGACUAUCAUGUCCGGUAUGGGCUUUAGCGGCAAAAACGGCGCCGGAUGUCAUCAGGAGAUGUUUUAAUAAGUGCAUGCAGGCUGGAAAAUUCCCGAACAUCUGGAAGAGAGGAAGGCUGGUGUUGGUGCCAAAGCCGGGGCGCUCGGGAGGUGACCCGUCGUCAUACAGGCCGUUAUGCUUGCUUGAUGAUAUUGGGAAGCUCUUCGAGCGGAUACUGGCAAAACGGAUUGAGGCGCACCUAAGUGUAACAGGCGGAUUGUCAGACAGACAAUAUGGCUUCCGACCGAUGAGGUCCACGAUUGAUGCGGUGCUAAGGGUACGGCGAAUCGUUAAGGAACAUCUUGUGCAAGGAAGAGUAUGCGUGGCAGUGAGCCUCGAUGUGCAAAACGCAUUUAAUAGCUUGUCCUGGGUAGCUGCGAGAAAGACAAUAAGAAAGCGGGGACUUCCAACCUACCUGCAAAAAACCCUGGAAAGUUAUUUUGAAAACAGAAAGGUUACUUACCUGUGCAAGGACGGCAGGAAAAGGAGACACGGGAUGACAUGCGGGGUCCCACAGGGCUCGGUCCUGGGACCACUCUUGUGGGACAUGGCAUACGACGUUGUUCUGGAUGUGCAGCUGCCACGACACAGCGAGGUCAUAUGCUAUGCCGACGAUACGUUGGUGCUAUCGGCCGGAAACACGGAUAGAGAAGCGGCAGAAAGAGCGACUANGGCGGUUGGUGUGGUGUCGAGAGAGUUGGAGACCCUGGGCCUCAAGUUGGCAGCCUCUAAGACCGAGGCUGUGGUGUUCCGGAAAAAAGGAAGACCAGGCGACCCACUAAACAUAAUGAUAGGACGAGAAAAAAUCGCGACGGGUCCCCAUUUUAAGUAUCUGGGUCUAAUUAUAGAUGAGAAGUGGACAUUCAAGGAACACUUUAAAUAUACGGCGCAGAANGCAACACGGGUAACAACGGCUCUGGCAAGGUUGAUGCCUAAUAUGAGAGGCCCGCGUGAGCACACUAGGAGAUUGUACAUGAUGGUGGUCAANUCUGUGCUCAUGUAUGGGGCGCCGGUAUGGUGCAACGAGGUAAAGAGGCGCGUGUCGUCUCCGAUGGUGGAAGUGCAGCGCAUGAUGGCGGCCAGANUGGUGCGUGCGUAUCGCACGGUAUCUGGGGAAGCAGUAAGGGUGUUGGCCCGCACCCCUCCNGUGGACUUAAUGGCGUGGCGACAGUCGGCGGUGUACGGCGCCAUUCGCGAGGCAAGAGAAAGAGACGGAAGANGUGAGAUCAACGAGGAAGAGGAAGUACGAAUACAAGAACGAACAGGACGAGCGAUGAUUAGGCAAUGGCGGGAACGCAUAAAUGAUCCCUUUCUGUCGGGCCGAAGGGUUUGCGAGGCUGUGGGACCGGUGNUGCGGCAGUGGGUCAACAGGCGGCACGGAGAGCUUGGUUACCAUACAACCCAGGUCAUGACGGGGNACGGUUCGUUCGGUGCUUUCUUGUACCAAAUAAGAAAAGUAGACUCCCCCAGGUGCAUGCAUUGUGAGGGGGGUAAUGUAGAUGACGCCCAGCAUACACUCGAGCAUUGCCNCGCGUGGGAAGGAGAGAGAGCUGCUCUGCGUACGGCACUCGACGAGGAUGACUUGUCAUUGCGCACGUUAGUGCGGCAUAUGAUUAGUGACAAGGGAAAGUGGCGGGCGGUGGAAACAUUUUGUUUCCAUGUGAUGAUGGCGAAGGANGACGCCGAAAGAGCCCGCCAAAAUCAACCGGCUCGGCAAGAUCGAGGGAGAAUGGGGGAUGGGGACUAA